AUGGGGACCUUCGACCUGUGGACAGAUUACCUGGGUUUGGCACGUCUGGUGGGGGCUCUGCGUGGGGAGGAAGAGCCUGAGACCAGGCUGGACCCCCAGCCAGAACCAGUGCCAGGACCAGGGGAUCAGAGGUCCAGCCCGGAACCCUCACCAGCUCCAGAACGCUUGUGCUCUUUCUGCAAACACAACGGCGAGUCCCGGGCCAUCUACCAGUCCCACGUGCUCAAGGACGAGGCGGGCCGGGUGCUGUGCCCCAUCCUUCGAGACUACGUGUGCCCCCAGUGCGGUGCCACUAGAGAUCGAGCCCACACCCGCCGCUUCUGCCCACUCACCGGCCAAGGCUACACCUCCGUCUACAGCUACACCACCCGCAACUCUGCAGGCAAGAAGCUGGCCCGGUCUGACAAGGCGAGGACACAGGACGCCAGUCACCGUAGAGGAGGAGGAGGAGCCAGUGCAGGUUCCAAAGGUGCCAGGAAGUCGUCUGGACCUUCGCCCUCUUCCUGCUGCCCCUCCAAUUCUGCCUAGAAGGCAGGUGCAGGGAGGACGUCCGGGAUGCUGCCUUCCCCUAGCCUGGGGACUCCUUGAAGGCUGAAUUUCAGGGAAGAUGCAUCUGGCAAGGACCCUCCCCUGAACCCCUCCCCCAGCCUGGGGCUUGAAUGAGGGAGCAGCGUCUGGGAACAUGACCGGAAGAGCCCUGUGAGGAAGGAGGUGGCCCCCGGACAACCUGCCUGCCCUCCCUCCCCAACACUGGGCGCCCAGUCAGCUCUCAAUAAAU